AUGCCUCGCGGAAGAAUCAGUCAGGUCCUCAAGCUCAGUAAGAUUGAGCAGGGUCUGAAGGUGUUCGUCACCGACGUCCGUUUCACGGUUCCUGAAGGAAACAACCAAUGGUCGCCUAGCCUCAACACCCACAAGUGCAUCUUUCACACUAAAAUGGCGGAUGAGGAGAAGAAAAAUGCACUACCAAUCGAGGUCUCUCAGGCAUUCCGUGAAGGGUACAUUGGAGAGGUCUGCUUGACUUCGACCAGUGUCUUUGACUCUGGUAUCGGCCCAACUGUGGAAAUUGAUAUUGCCGUUCUUGGGGAAGUUUCGAUCAAGGACAAGUCAAGGCCAGUAGGCCAGAAGGGAAGCAUCACCGUCUCAAGCUCCGAAUGGGGCGGCUGGAUGUCUCUCUGGGGCAACGCCGACACCAUCAUGGUUGCCUAUAGCCUCAUUGACUCUGGCACGAUACUCAAGAACUUUGACAUUCCCGUCUCUGGGCACACAAAGCCUCUCCAUCUGGGAUUAGAGGUGGACGAGAAGAAGGAAGUCCUUGCUUUGAAGCUGGAUAUUGAGUCGAACUGGAUCUUUGACGGCGUGAACUUGUUGCUUGGGGGUGUUUACUACGCUCACGAUGUAACGUAUGGGUACGUGUUUGGGGCUCUUGGAGGGUGGCCAGCCGCUGUUGGCUAUGUUGGGGGAGAUGGGCUUCGAAACCUGAUUUUCCCUAAAUAA